AUGAGCGCAAACCCCUCUACUCGAGCCCCCGACGCCUGGGAGGAAGACUGGGAGCAACAAGCUGAUAAACUAGCUGCGGAGCCGACCCCGCCUCCGCCAGAAAAGAAAGUCUCCUCAAAGGUGACCAAGGCGCAGCGACGCGCACAACAGGCCGAAUUCAACCGACAACUAUGGGCAGAAGCAGAAUCGCCCCAAACCUUCCAUUUUCUCGAAGCCCGCUCCAAUGUUCCCCUCAAGCAGGAUUUUAAGCCCACCGUCACCCUGCUCAGUCGCAAUCCGCCACCGCGCCAACCCUCCUCCGCUGUUGAUGCAGCUGCCGCAGGUGUCGGCCGUCUGGGGUUGGCCUCUCAAGAUGACGAUUCCGACGACGACAGCAAGCCUCCGGAGCCGACGCCCGAGGAACGCCAUGCCAUUGCAUUGCGCAAUCUCGAAGAGAAGCAACGGAAAUACGAGGAGGUGCGGGAAAGACUGUUCGGAAGUCCCUCGGGCACUACGUCGGGUGCGUCAUCUCCACGGAGUGCCACACCACCCAAGCAAAAUGAAGGCCGCGGCAAAGGAAAGAACCGUGGCAAUGGGAGGGAUAACAACAGGGAUAAGAGGGAUGGAUCUGCAGCAUCGUCCAAGUCCAGGCAACUAUAUUACCCGGACUCUCCUGCGAGGUCAAACUCAGGCUUCGGCCAGAGAAAUGACCAGCAAUCCCCACGUCAGCCGUACCGGAACCCGCGAGGUCCAGACCCUAGCGGAAGAGGUGGCUUCCGAGGAAAUCGAGGCGCGAAAACAGCUUGA